AUGAAGAAAAGGAGCGCUUCUGCACCACUCGCCAAAACUACCAACAUCGAUUGCUGGAGGAUUGUCGUUGGGAUUACCGGUGCAACAGGAGCUGUCUACGCAAUCCGCAUCCUGACCAUUCUGCGCCAUCUUGGCGUCGAGACUCAUCUAAUCAUAAGCAAAUGGGCGUUGGCGACGUUGAAGUACGAAACGUCCAUGACUGAGGCCGAAAUCCGAGCACUUUCCAGCAGAUCGUAUACGGCAAAAGACCUCUCAGCGCCUAUCGCAUCAGGAUCAUUUCAGCAUGACGGGAUGAUGAUUGUUCCCUGUAGCUUGAAAACCCUUGCGGCGAUACGAUCUGGCUAUUGCGAUAACCUGAUCGCCAGAGCUGCCGAUGUCACCCUUAAGGAGGAUCGCCGACUGCUUCUCGCCAUCCGAGAAACGCCCCUUAGCGUAACUCACUUGGAGAACUUGCUGUCUCUUCGCCGCGCGAACGCCAUCAUCUUCCCUCCUGUUCCAGCUUUUCAUACCGGGCCCGAGAGCAUCGAGGACAUCCGAUGGAAGGGAUUCAAGAGAAGCUAG